GUUCAUUCACACUUCCGACAACACGGAAGCUGUGACGUUGCACUGCUGCAUGGAUGAAUUGAAACCUGCUGAAACUCACACACUGACAGUCUGACACAGAGAUUUUGCAGGACUUCACGAAAAUCAGACAUAAAAUUACUUACAAUGGCCAAUACAAACGUGGACACAACUACCUUGUGUCUGUUUGACGUGGACGGGACUUUAACAGCAGCUCGACAGAAGGCAACAGCUGACAUGCAUGAGUUCUUGUGUAAACUGAGACAGCGUGUGAGGGUUGGGGUGGUUGGCGGUUCAGAUCUGGACAAAAUCAAAGAGCAGUUGGGUGAUGAUGUGAUUGAUAAAGUGGAUUAUGUGUUUGCUGAGAACGGUUUGGUAGCGUACAGAUUCGGGCAGCUACACUCUAUACAGAAUAUUCAGGCUUACCUGGGAGAGGAAAUCUUACAGGACUUCAUCAAUUUCUGCCUGAAUUAUCUUUCAAAAAUUAAACUGCCUAAGAAGAGGGGAACAUUUAUUGAAUUUCGUAACGGAAUGUUAAAUAUUUCUCCAAUUGGGCGAAGCUGUAGCCAACAGGAAAGAAUUGAAUUCUAUGAACUUGAUAAGAAGGAGAAGAUCAGAGAAAAGUUUGUCUCCGUUUUAAAAGAAGAGUUUGCUGGGAAAGGACUAGCGUUCUCCAUUGGUGGACAGAUCAGCUUUGACGUGUUUCCAGAGGGUUGGGAUAAGCGAUACUGUCUGGGAAUUGUGGAGAAGGACUCUUAUCAGGUCAUCCACUUCUUUGGAGACAAAACAAUGCCUGGAGGAAAUGAUUAUGAAAUAUUCACAGACCCACGAACAAUUGGACAUGUGGUCACAUCACCCGAGGACACAUUGAGGAUCUGCAAGGAGCUUUUUCUUAGUUAAGAAACAUUAACCACGACAAUCCAACCUGCAAAGUUAACUGACUGAAGUGUCUGUGAAACUAUGAACAUCUCACCUGUUUUGUUUCAUUUAAACAAAUGUAAGGUAUUGAAGAAAGCAAAACACAUGCUUUCAUUUUAAAUGGGACCUGGUACAUUUUUUACGAGUUUACUGGUGCUGGUGUUAUAAUGUGCUGAUCUUCAGUGCUUUCUAACUCUACAAGACAUCACAACAUUAUACAUGUAUUCUCAUCUUUUUCUUGUAUUCACUGGUCCAUAUGAAACCAGAGAUCUUUUUUUGCAAUUAACUGAACAUACAUGCCCAAUAAUAAUAAAUAAUUGUAUAUUAAAUUAUGCUUGACCAGAUAAGUGAUGAUAAUUAUCUAAAAUUAAAGGGGACAUUUCACAAUA